GGACACUCGGACCCCGAAGUUUCAAGGACAGAUGGAUAAGGUGCAAGUUAUGAACUUGCUCACCUAUGUUCGUAUAGUUUCCGCAUGAAGUUCAUACGUGCAAUAUGGGGAGAACUUGGAGAUGGAAAAAUUCUCCAGCUCAACCUGGUAAAGCUUAUCAUCCAACGACGGUUGAACAUUUAGCUAAUUGCAUAUCACAUGUUCCAUGUGUUCCACUUGGCGUUGCUGGAAUGAUUAGACUGUAUUCAAAGGCAGAUACAUAUUCCAAAUCAGUGGCGGCAAUCGUUUAUGGUCUUGCCAUUGUCUCACUCUUCUUUGCAUCUUCUGUCUUCCAUUUGUUCUCUUUGUUCUAUAUUAAUGGGCGUUUACGUUCUACGCUUCAACUUUGUGACAGAAUUGUUAUAUGCUUGUUUAUAGCAGCCUCAUAUACUCCAUGGUUGUUAUUACGUGAUUUCCAUGCAUCAUGGGGUUUAACUACACUGUGGUCUGUAUGGAUUGCAGCAAUUUUCGGUGGUGCAUUCCAAUAUGUUUAUCUAGAUAGAUUUAAAUCUGUUGAACUGAUGAUCUAUUUAGCAAUUUCUAUUUGUCCAGCUUAUAGUUUCAUUUACAUGCAUGAACAAUCUGGUCUACCAUUAUUAUUUACAGGAGCAUUUGUUUAUUUAUCUGGUGUGAUAUUUUUUAAAUUAGAUGGUCAUAUCCCAUUAGCACAUGCAAUAUGGCAUUGUUGUGUAUUUAUUGCUACAUUUUUACAAUUCAAUGCAGUUGAUACAUUUUUAUUAACAAAUUAGAUAAAUAAAAAAGUAAAGAAAAAGAAAGAAAAUGAUAAACGAGAAAAGAAAGUCAUUAUUAUUUUGUUUGUUUGUUUGUUGUUUUAUUGAGCAUAAUAGUCAUAAUUUAUUGAACAGUAUAUGCAUAUAUAUAUAGUAAAGGACUACUGAUAUACUUAAUUCAAUACAGUUACUAUUCAUUAGCUUCUUGUAUGUAACAGAUUUUCUUCAUUUCUAUUAUUUAUUAUGUAAUAAUUAUCUGUUUGUCUAUACUUAAUAUGUUGAAUGUAGUGACGAUUGCUUCUUCUCUAUUUUCGUUCUCAAAACCACGUUGAACUUUAAGAUUCAAUUCUGUCUACCUAUCUAUCUGUCUGUCUAUCCGUAUAUGUCUAUCUAUCUAUCUGUCUGUCUAUGCAAUAUUUUCAUUACUAUUUAUAACAUACAAAUCUAGAAAAUAAUUCUUUUAUUCUUUAUUAAUAUUUAUUAUAAUGAAUUUAUGAUUAUUAUUAUUAUUAUUUUCUGACAUCAAUUUACAGAGUUAUUUUAAUGUUUUUGUUUUUUUAAAAAUUUUAUUUCUCAAUUGUAUUUUAUAAUCAGAUAUUAGUAAAGUGAAAGAAUGUUAUGAAUACUAAUGAUUAUUAUCUGUUGUUAGUAGUAUAUGUAUAUAUGCCCGUUCCAACCAAACAAAUUGAUGAAAACUAGUAGGUUCUUCUAGCGAGAAACAGGCCAUAUCGAAAUACGUUACAACUACCGGGGCUAGAAUAGCUGUUUUUGCAACCGGUUGAAGUUUGAACUGUAAGGAGUAAUCCUGUGUAUUACAUGCACCACUUUUGUCAAACUUUUUUUGGUCGUUUUCCCAUCCAAG